AUGACAGUGCCGGCGCCAGCCUUCCGUCUCUUCGCACAACUACCCGCCGAGCUGCGACUGAAAGUAUGGCGUUACUGUCUUCCGCAUCGGGUGUGUGAACUUGAUCAGCCUGUGGACCGGAUCGUUUUCAACCUUGACGAUGACAGUUCCUCACCAUGUCAGCUCUACCAAACAACCUAUCAAAACGGACGACCGCCACUCAUAAGCCAUGUGUGUCGUGAAUCGCGCUUUGUUGCGACCGAGUCCGGCGGCUCUGCUACGGUUUGCGAUCCAGAUCGGCCUCUCGACACUCAGUGGAUCUCAGGGACGGACAACUCGGAUGCCUGGUUUGACACAACUCCUGACUCGCCUCACCUCAAUUGGACCUCCGGAUAUGAAGCUGAUUAUGAUUACUCUGGCGAUUCCCUUCAAUGUCUCGUGUGGGAGGCCUCGCGGAUGUCUGCCACUCCCUCCAUCAUGCUGACAUAUCUCGAUCCCACGGCGCAUGAGCCUCAUGCUUCUAGACUGUUUCUGCAGACUCAAUCUAUGUUACCGGUCCCGAAGCUUGUGACUCCAGAUAAAGUCAAAGUUAUCAAUGCAUACAAACAGCUAUCAGCAUGGCUAGUCGUCAUGCGAGUUGUUGUUGUGCAUGCCCAUCUCGACGCUGCAGCAGCAACUGGUCUGUUCAGCCUAUUGGGAGAUGCCCCUGUGCAAAUCGUUCCAGCAUCAGAUCAAGCCAGGCUGAACAGAUUUUAUGACCUAGCUGAGGAGUGCGAACGUAGGCAGCCCGUUACCGUUGCACAAGAUCUUACGCGACAGUCUGCCGAUUCGAUGAGGCAACAUCUGAGACGUGUGAUCACAACGAAUUUCCACUCCGACGAGUUGACUACGAUUAUGCAUCCGGCAAUCAUGUUUCGCCUGUGCACUCGCAUGUGCAAUCAUCGUGUCGAGAUUUGA